AUGCCUAUAAGCCAUGCCCCACGCAUCAACGCAGGACCGCACCCUGCCUCCCUACGGGAUCAUCCAGCCGCCCUUGAGAGCAGAGUUAUUUACUUCGUACAGACCACCAUGGCAGAAACAUACCCUAUCGGCACCCGCAGCGAAUGCGAGCGUCUCGUCAGAGACUGGGGCUUCCGCCAUGUGUUCACCUGGGCGGACGGAAGACACGCAGGCGUGACAACGCAUCUCAUCCGACAGGGCUCCCUGACCAUCACCUAUCCCGAAGACAACGCCACGCUGCACCACGGGGAGGUGAAGAAGGAGACGUUCGGCGUGGGCGCCCGCGUCGAUGUGCCGGCCAACAAGCUGCACGAGGUCUGGAUUGGGGAGUCGGGGUGUGAGUAUGUUAUUGGGGAGUGA